ACAGCAGACUGACUCCUCCAGCUGUCCUGUGCUGCUCUCCCUCUUACCAAAAUGUCUCGAGAUUAUUUUGGAUUCUCCGUUUUACAAAGGACUACAAGAAAUGGCACAAUCAACACUGUGGCCCUCAACAAUCCGGCUGACAUCGCUGUUAUUGUGAUUUAUUUUUUGGUAGUCUUGGCUGUGGGAGUAUGGGCUAUGGUUCGUACCAAUCGUUCCACUGUGGGUGGGUUCUUCCUCGCAGGAAGAAGUAUGGUGUGGUGGCCGAUUGGAGCAUCCCUCUUUGCCAGUAACAUUGGCAGUGGCCACUUUGUUGGGAUUGCAGGUACAGCUGCUGCUUCAGGAAUUGCCAUAGGUGGUUUUGAAUGGAAUGCUCUUGUUGUUGUUGUCAUACUGGGAUGGCUCUUUGUGCCAAUCUACAUCAAAGCUGGGGUGGUCACCAUGCCCGAGUACCUGAAGAAGAGGUUCGGUGGUCAGCGCAUUCGCAUCUACCUCUCUGUCCUCUCCCUGAUCCUGUACGUCUUCACUAAGAUCUCUGCAGAUAUGUUCUCUGGUGCCAUUUUCAUCCAGCAGGCUCUUGGGCUCAAUAUCUACGUUGCUGUUAUUGCGCUAUUAGCUAUUACUGCGCUCUACACUGUCACAGGUGGACUGGCUGCUGUGAUAUAUACCGACACCCUACAGACUAUCAUAAUGGUUGUUGGAUCCUUCAUUCUUAUGGGCUUUGCUUUCACUGAGGUGGGAGGAUAUGACAACUUCCAAACCCUCUACAUGCAAGCAGUCCCCAAUAUCACGGGCGGCGUAGACCCAUCAUGCUAUCAACCUCGGGCAGACUCCUUCCAUAUUUUCAGAGACCCAAUUACAGGAGAUCUGCCGUGGCCCGGCCUGGUGUUUGGACUCACCAUUCAGGCUGCCUGGUACUGGUGCACCGAUCAGGUGAUCGUCCAGCGUUGCCUCUCAGCCAAGAAUCUGUCUCAUGUUAAAGGAGGUUGUAUCUUAUGUGGCUACCUGAAGCUGUUGCCCAUGUUUCUCAUGGUUUUUCCUGGGAUGAUCAGCAGGAUUCUUUAUCCAGACGUGGUGGCUUGCGUGGACCCGGAUGAAUGUCAGAAAUACUGUGGCGCCAGUGUGGGAUGCACUAACAUUGCUUAUCCCAAACUGGUGGUGGAUCUCAUGCCCAAUGGCCUGCGAGGUUUGAUGCUGUCUGUGAUGCUGGCUUCUCUGAUGAGCUCCCUUACGUCCAUCUUCAACAGUGCCAGUACUCUCUUCACCAUGGAUAUAUACACCAAAAUCCGUUCCUCCGCCAAAGAGAGGGAACUCAUGAUUGCUGGCAGAGUGUUUAUCCUGGCCCUGAUUGGAGUGAGCAUAGCAUGGAUCCCUGUGGUGCAGUCAGCCCAGAGUGGUCAGCUGUUCGACUAUAUCCAGUCCAUUACCAGCUAUCUUGCACCUCCUGUUGCAGCGGUCUUCGUGCUUGCUAUCUUUUGCAAACGUGUCAAUGAACCUGGCGCCUUUUAUGGGCUCAUAAUUGGCCUGUUGAUUGGCUUGUCCAGGAUGAUCGCAGAGUUCGUGUACGGGACAGGCAGCUGCAAUAAUCCCAGCAAUUGUCCAACUAUAAUUUGUGGAGUGCACUACCUCUACUUCGCCAUCAUUCUGUUCGUUAUCUCCUGCAUCCUCAUUAUUGGAAUCUCGCUAUGUACCAAGCCCAUUGACGACAAGCAUCUGUACCGACUGUGUUGGAGCCUGAGGAAUCGCACAGAGGAGAGGAUAGACAUCGAGAAGGACGACUGGGUUGAUGAUAAAGAUAACGGCAUGGAAAUAGAGGAACCCGAGGAAGACAUGGGCUUCUGCAAGAAAGCAGUGAUGUGUUUCUGCGGACUGGAGCAGAAGAAAGGUCCGAAACUUAGCGCAGAGGAGGAGGAAGAAUUAAAAAAGCAGCUCACAGAUACCACAGAGGUGCCCCUUUGGAGGAACGUCGUCAACGCCAAUGCCAUCAUCCUCCUAUGUGUGGCUGUGUUCUUUCAUGGCUUCUUUGGUUAGAGAAGCUCAACUGACUUCAAUCAAUCACAGACACUGUAAGUUAUGUUUAAGAAACAGGAUAUUUAUACUGUAUAGAUAUGAUUUAUGACCAAAACAAACUGUAAAGUAGUCUUCAAACCUCUCAAAUAAGAUAAUUAACUUACUACUCUACUGUCAAAAGGCUAUUGAUCUGUACCAGGAUAUAACAUGUAUUUUCCCAUAACGCAUUCAAAUUCUCUGUAACUUCCUGGUAUUUGUCAUGUAAAGUAAACCGUGUUGUAAUACAUUCACCCAGGCAUCAUGUUAAACAGUCCAGAAAUAUUGAUGCAUUCGCUUUGCUUAUACAAUCUGUAGCUGUCCCUGGGUCAACGACUGAAUGAAUUUUAUUCUUUGUGCUUUUUUCUUUCUUUUUGUGAAUAGAAACAAUGAAGGUAACGAAAUACAAAAGAGCAGCUCAUGAAUGAUUCAGGUUGACUCAUGAAAGUCUACACCUGAAAAGAGCACAUUUUGUUUUUACUGGUUGGAAAUGAAAGCUGUAAUAUAAAAAAGAUAUUUAAUAUAACCUUGAAGAGACUUUUAACUCAAAAGUUAGGACACAUUGACUUUUUCAAAUUAGGUGUAAAAAGGAGUCCAAAGAUUUGACUGGUAUUGUAUCCAUAAUGCUUAAUCACUCUAACUGCAGGCAUUAGCAUCUCCUAAUUUAGGAAGAGUUUACAAGAGUGGUAUGAAAACUUUUCAAACUCCAAAUAUGCAUUAAGUAGAAAAAACACUCAUUGAAUCACACUAGAUGUGAGCACUUGUAAUGUGUAACUGAUGGUGGACAGAAGGGAGGACUGUAAAUUCUCUUAGAAUGUACCCAUGUGCUACCUCACAUAAACUUCAGUUAUGUUGUCUCAUUUCAUGUGUUCAAAGUCCACGAGUCCUCACACUUUUUACUCCAAAGCACCUUACCCUCUGUUGUUUUAGGUGUUAAUGAAUGAGAACCUUUCCAGGGAGGAGGGGAUGUAAAAUGACACACAGCACUCGGGUUUAUCUUUGCUCCCCUCUAGUGGUUUGCUGUUUGUGUUCAAUAUGUAAAAUGUAAAACAUUACGACUCAGUCUCAUUCACAGUGUCAUAAAUUAUACUUUUAUUAUACUUUUAUUGACUAAAUAAAAAAAGGCUAAGGACAAAUGCAAUCAAUCAGUUAUUUCCAGGAAGAUGUACGUGUAACUUAAUAAAAGAUCCUUAUGGUAUUAUCUUGGUUUUAUAACUAACACCUUGGUUAAUGCACACAGUCCGAUUAGCAGUAAUAGAAGUGCUGCUGUUGGAUGUCUUGAGAAUUCUGGUUUGAAAGUGUUGUCUUUGACCCCUGAGGCUUAUCUCUGCAGUCCCACCUUGUUUUAUGUCGUUUGCAAUUUAUUUCUAGCUGAAAGCUUUGUUUGGCAGUGAUUCUGCUGAUCCAAGUCAUGACCAAGCAUGAAAAAACUGUUAAAGUUCAGCUUGCUGCGUCUUUCUUAUCGGUAAAACAGUAUUUUUAUUUUUAUGACUACAUCCUAAAACGGUUUCUUGCCACCCCUCUUUAUUGACUGUAAAAAUAUCAUGAACAGCGAGUAUGUUUCUCUUGAAUUUCAUAUUUCAGUUUCAAGAAUACAGAGACGAACUUUGAUUUCGGGUUAUUCAUUACAUCUGUAAUUUUCAUGCUUUGAAAAACUACUACCUGUGUUACCUGUACCUAUAACUCUGUUGCUCACCAUACAGCAACCACAUCCAAAACAUUUCAUGUCCAAUUAGUUUUUUUCAGAAAAAAACAGACAAAUUCAAGCAAUGAUCACAAGAGUCUCUGGACCUACAUGUAUCAUUUUUGCUUUGGCGAAACUUUUAAUUUUGUCCCAAAGCAAAUUGUUGAAUGCAAGUUAGGCCACAUUGUCCGAGUCAGUACAGGUAACAUCUUAGAUGUGCUGUCUUAUUUCUGUAUACGUUAAACGUGAUGUGAUGAACAGCCAUUUAACAUUUCAGAUGCUAUCUGGAGUGCACAAGAGCUGCUUGACUGUUUAUUUGAAAUGUUGAAAGAGAGACACUUCAGACAAGCUCGAUAUCAACAGCACACUUUAUCAUUCUAGCAGCAAGUGGUAAAGUUGGUUUUGCUUGAAUAGUUUAAUUUCCAGUUGUUUUUCCCUUUUUUUUGGCUGAACACCUUCUUAUUCACACAAAGCCA